AUGAUAGAGCAGGUUUAUUAUUUCAAUCCAUCUUUAAGCGAUGCUAGUUUUGCGUUAUCUUGUAAAAAUGUUCUUUCUAAACUGGUUCGUCCGGAUCGAUCAAUAAUUGACCAGAUUCUUGAGCAUGAUUCUCCUGACAAAGCAGAUAUUGUUUUGCCUGAUGGACGAAAGUUUGUUUGGUAUUUUGCUAUUGGUAGUAUGAUAAAUCCUAUUUCGAUUUAUCUUCGUGAUAUAAUACCAUUAAUGUCAUAUCCAGCAAAAUGUCCGAAUCAUAAAAUUGUUUUUCGAGCACCAAAUGGAAUGGCUGAUAUUGAAGCUUGUCCUGAAGCUGAAUUUCAUGGAGUUAUUCAUCUUCUUUCUGACGAACAAAUGAGCCGUUUAGAUGCAAUUGAAGCUACGUAUCAUCGAAUUAUUAUUAAUUCAAGUAAUUAUCAAGAACAAAAUCAUCUUGUUUACGUGUAUAAAAGGAUUGUAGAAAAUCAACUUAUAUGUCCUCCAAGUGAACGUUAUUUAGAUAUUAUAAUAAAAGGUUGUGACUAUUAUAAAGUUCAAUCAGCAUAUAUAAAUCGAUUAAAAUAUGAACAAGAAGUAGUACCUCGAAAACAACCUCAUACAUUUCAAUCAUUUACAGAUAUUCCUGAAGAUGUAUUCUAUUCUGUAGAAGAACUUGCACAACAUGAUGGCAACGAUCCUGGACUACCAUUAUGGUUAAGCAUCAAUGGAAAAAUCUUAGAAUAUAGUGGAUUACCACCUGUUGAUCAUCCUGAUUACGAACUUCAAUAUCGAUUUUAUCCAUUUUUCAAAUCAAGAUGUGGUGGACGUGAAGCAACAUAUGUCAUGGCUCGAACAAUGUACGAGCCGUUAUAUGUAAUAUCAUCAAAUGACAAUGAUUUGUGUGUACAACAUCGAGCAGCAAUUGAAGAUGAGUUUUAUCAUCGAAUAAAUUAUGUUCAAAAUAAAAAGUAUUGGAAACUAAUAGGACGUCUUCGUGUAACAAAUAGUUCAUUGUAG